UAUAGCUCACUCCUCCUUCAUCAAUCGAUUCCUCAUCCGCAAUCCUCAACAACCAUGGGACUCAUGGACAACACAUUCAUCGGCGCGUCUGCUCUAGUCAGCCAGCUCAUCACCAGUAUCAGCUGGUCUUCGUUCGCACAAGCUUCCCUGGCCCUUCUCCUCGGUUUCUACCUGUACUCAUACUGGAGAUACCGUUCCUUCUCUUUCCACAAACUCCCUGGCCCACCCGCUGACAACUACUUCCUCGGCAUCCUUUACUCCCUUUUGGGCUCUGAAUCCGAAGCUCCCCAGACCGCCUGGCACGCCAAAUACGGCUCCACCCUCCAAACACCCUUUCUCCCCUUCCCCUUCUACUCCUCCUUCCAGACUACCGACCCCACCGCGCUCAACUACAUCGUGUCCCAUCCCGAUCUCUUCCCAAAGCCAAAGUAUAUCUGGACAGAGAUCGCUUCGGUGGGGGGAGGGGAAGGGCUUGUGAUGGCUGAGGGGGAUCAGCAUAGGAAACAGAGAAAGGUUCUGAACGGGUGUUUCACACCGGCAGCUAUUGCGGGGAUGGUACCCACCUUUUACGACAAGGCUUACGAGCUCAGAGAGAAGCUGCUGGAGAUUGUCGAAGGUAUCUCUGAUGAAACUCCCAGCCUGACGCCCCCUCAGCCAAUGGAUCAAGUUGCCAAAGGGCGCAAAGUCGAUGUGAUGCGUUAUAUCAUGCAAGCCACCUUCGACAUCAUCGGCCUCACUGGUUUCGGCUAUCAGUUCAACCAGCUGCAGCAGAAAGGAGUGGAGGAGGAUGAGCUUUCAAAUCGUCGAUGGACAUGUUAUGGUCUGCGCAGAGAGACACUUAACUCGUCGCCCUAUCUGGACGCAUUCGUCCGUGAAGUGAUCCGGCUCUCUCCCUCCAUACCUAGCUCUACUAGAUCCGCCAAGGAAGAUGCCGUCAUCCCCCUCCGACACCCUGUAGUGGGGAGAGACGGUAAAAUGAUGAAUCGUGUUGAGAUACCCAAAGGCACUGAUAUUUACAUUUCUAUCAUCGCAAUCAACACCUCUCCUCUGUACUACGGCCCCGACGCCGCAGAGUUCAACCCCGACCGCUUCCUCAGCCCCCAAGCAGAAAACGACAUCCCAGGCGUCUGGGGCGGUAGCAUGUCCUUUUUCGCUGGUCCUCGAUCUUGUAUCGGCUACCGCUUCGCCCUCGCAGAGCUUAAGACUAUCCUCUUUGUUCUGAUCAACGGUUUCGAGUUUGCAGAGCUGCCCAGCAAGCCAAUGAUGGAGAGAAGGCGGGCGACGAUGAUGAGGGCGAGGGUGGUGGGUGAGGAGUCGGUUGGGCCGCAGAUGCCAUUGUUGGUGAAAGCGUUGGCUUUUUGA